AAAGUAGUGAAACUGAAAUCAACAUCGAGGUUAUGUGCAGUUGCUGCUGAUUCUGUAAAGGACGUCAAAGCGAACAUUCACAGAAAAUGUCUAACAAUCUUCGUUUUACAAGGGAAAACAAGUUUCUGACAUGGGAGCAACGACUGUUUUACGAAAAAAAUGGUUAUUUGGUAUUCCGUCGUCUUGUGCCGCAGAACAUCCUAAACCAUUGCCACGAAAGGUUCGACGGCAUCUUGGCUGGCAAAGUUCCACACAAUGGGAUGACCGUAAUGUACGACGUGAAGGACAGAAAAUCCGUCAAUAAAGUGCAGGACUUAGCACACGACAAAGUUUUCCGGGAAUACAUCGAGUAUAAAAGUGUCCUCGAUAUUGUGGAAGCCAUCACCGGGCCAAACAUCAUGGCCGUGCACAGUAUGCUGAUCGCGAAACCACCCGACAUCGGAUUCGGGACUUCCAAGCACCCGCCCCACCAAGACUUGUAUUACUUCCCGUUCCGGCCGGCUGAUCGGAUAGUGGCGUCGUGGACUGCCAUGGAACCGUGUUUUCCUGAGAAUGGAUGUCUUUACGUGUCUCCUGGCACGCAUGCACAGGAUCGUUUGCACAAACACGACUAUCCCCCGGGAGCGGAGCCAGGAUCUGUCAACAAAUUCUACCACGGCAUCCUGGACCUUUCCGAGCCGACGAACUGGGUACACCUUGAAAUGGAACCGGGUGACACGGUAUUCUUUCAUCCUCUAUUAAUUCACGGGUCCGGCGUAAACAUGUCAAACAGAACGAGACGGGCCAUUUCUUGCCACUAUGCAGCGGCGGAGUGCCAUUAUAUCGAUGUAACCGACACAGUCCAGAAGGGUAUCGGCAAAGAGAUCAUAGAUCACGUGCGUAAAAUGUCACCCGGUGUCGAAGUCUGCUACGAAGACAUAUGGCGUUUCAAGGCCAGCCUCGUACGCGGAAUUCAAUCGUCCCUAUGAAGAAGAUCGUACGCUAAAUUUGAUUUGUAUUUCAAGGUGGUUGCACGUGCGAAUAAU